AAUUUUAAGUUAUUUGCUUGUUUUAAACAUUUAAUUUCAUUUUGUAACAAUGAGUCAAGGAGGCAAGAGAUACUUUAACAAGAACAAGAACAGUGGAAACUGGUUUAUGCAUAUUGGUACACCCCAGACAGAACAAACACGAGAACUGUGUACCAGCACAGGUUCAAUGCUGGCACAUGGAGUCCCUCAACCCCUGAUACAAGGAGAAAAGAGAUACCCCAAAAUAUUCAUUAAUCUUGAAAAGAAAACAAUAGGCAGAGACUUUACAUUCUCAGCGCAUGAUAAUCGUGCAGCUCUGCAGGACGCUAUUGACGUGUAUGAUCAGGGCUUCGGGCGUAAGAAAUGUCUUGAUGAGCGACGACAGCAUAACUCUCAUUUCUGCCUGUGCCAUCACGACACCCCGCUCGGGUCAGAAAAGCGGGACCACUCUGCCUAUCAGACUGACUUCCUGCCCAAACAGGAAACAGAGGCCACAGGAGCCACAAUUACAAGGCGCUUCCCCAGAAACCACUCAGCGAGGUCUCAAAUAAACGCUCAAGCUCAGGCUGGAGAGUGCUUCAUGUGGUUUGGGAAACAUAACUCUAAAGAGACCAUUUCACUAAGUGUACUAGCCACCAGCAACCAUUAA